GCUAUUUAGCAUUAUGACUCAGUUAAAGGAUAUCAUAAAAUUGAACCAAAACAAAUUUAGCAAACUCCUCCAGAUCACAAACCAUAUGAAAAAUGUGGCUUGAAAUAUGACAUGAGGUGAACCAAACGUUAAAUCUAAAAUCUACCCAAAUCGAUAUCAAUAAUGGGUGAAUGUCAAUAUGUAACUGAAGUUGAAUUUAAAAAAAAUUAACAGCAACAAAACUCUUAAAUUCUCCUAUUUUCCAUUUCUUGACUUUGAUGUAAGUGUAUUAUAAAUAUAGGCAAACAUUUCAAAAUUUGUCUGCACAUGUGUACACACUGUUAUAGGAUGUCAGGAUACUUUGAAUCAAUUUGACAAACUUAUCUUUCAAAUCCAGUCACCCUCAGUAAUUAAAAAUGAAUUUUUGUCAUAAUUUCAAGAUAGGUGAAACAAAGAUUUAACCAGACAUUACCUCCAUAUAAUACAUGUGGCAGAAUGAUAGCUGAUGGUUCAAUUUGGCCAAGCUGUUCAGAAGAAAUUGUAAUUAUUAUUUCCCCUCUGCUAAUAAAUUCUUACAAUUGUGUUUAUAGGUACUCCAAAAACUUUCAUCAUUCCAACUGUUCCUACUAAAGACACUGCAAGAUUCGUAGGUUCCAUUGUGGGAGGGUUGAUAGCUGGAGUGGUACUGCUGGUGAUUUUGUAUUGUGCAGUUAAAUGGAGAAGGAAAACUCUGUGUCCAGAUGGUAUGCGGAUGCCCCCACCUCUACCACAAGGACAUAUAAAGGAAAUCACCAAGGAACGAUACUACAGUUGCUACUACCCAGAGAGUGAAGAAUUCCGAGAGAGGGUAGCCUCGAUUGUGAACUACUUUCGCCAGAACGGUUACAACGUCAUCAUGGACCGAAUGGUGUCCGAAGAAAUUACUUCCCAGGGCCCAACACGGUGGGGAGAGAAUCAAAUAAGAAAGGCAAAGAAGGUGUUGAUAUUCUUGUCUCCUGGUUUGGUGAACCUCGCCAUGGAUAGUCGAGAGGAUUCGCAAUGCCAGGAUGUUAACCGUGUAUGGAUUGAGCUUGAAGUGCUUCGAGAUAUUUACACUAAAAAUCGCUCGGCCGCCCAGAUGGUGUGCAUAGCUUUGCCCGAUGUACCGGUAACAUUCGAAGUCCUUCCGCUGUGGGCAAAAGUCAGCUACAAAUGGCCUGAUGAUGCUCUGGAAAUCUUGAAGCGUUUAAACGACAGACCAAUGAUAUUGCCUGUUUAGGAGUGAGAUGUGAAUUUCUGAGUGAUGCAUCGCAGUUACUAGUUACAUUUUCUCGGCAUUGCAUUGCCCGGGAUUGGGGGAGGGGGUGGGGUGACUCCCACAUUAAAGGACGGGGGUGCUCAUCGGAAAUUUUGUAAAGAACCCCUAAG